GCUACAAAUAUCAAAAUGACGUGGGCAAAGCAAGUUAUAAACAUGGCAUGUAGUAACAAGGUAACUGUAGAAGUCCCCCUAUUUUUUAAUUAUGUAUAUUUUUUGCUAACAUCUUCAGUUGUAACAAAUUUCAUUAUAUAUCGAACAUGUUAUGUAACGCUCGGUUACGAGAAAAGCGAUUGUUCUCAGUUGGGAAAUAAAAAUAAUAAUGUAACUCAUCAUUAUGAGAAAAUGGUUCAACCCUAUGCAGAUGUUGUAUUAAUGGUAAAGAAUCUCCUUGAUUUACUUCUACCGACGUUUAUUUGCCUAAUAGCAGGAUCAUGGUCUGAUAAGCAUGGAAGGAAACCAGUUUUAUUGGUUACUUUAGGAGGUAUGGCAUUAGGCUGUGGGCUAAUAGUAUUGUACUGCCUGUUUGAAAAUUUUUCUCCAUGGAUAUUUUUGAUCACUGCCAUACCAACUAUGAUAACAGGCAGUAACACUACAUUUUUUGCCAUAGUACUAUCCUACAUAUCCGAUACUUCAACGAAGGAAUCCAGAGGUAUGAGAAUGGUUUUUUCUGAAGUUGCCUUAGCAACUGGUUCUCUUUUGGGAAGCAUUACAAGUUCUUAUAUAUUUUACGCUACUAAUUAUCCGUCCAUGUUUGCAAUUGGAUUGGCAUGUGUGUCAAUCGGGAUAGCGUAUACAAUAUUUUGUAUACCUGAAUCUAUAGAAAAUCCGCAAGGUUCCAAGGAAUUAAUAAUAAAUAAUGAGGGUAAAAAAGAAAAAGUGGUUCAGUUAAACUUUUUUAAAGAAAUAGUUCAAACCACUAUUAAAAAACGAAAAAACUAUGACAGAGCCAUAAUCAUUCUAACACUUACGUCCAUAAUAAUUUAUAUAUUUCUCACACAUGCAGACACAAGUAUGCGAUAUGUCUUCCUUCGAGGAAGACUGAACUGGACAUUUACAAAGUAUAAUCUUUAUAACAGUGUUUGUAGUUUAGUUUGGGUUGCUGGUACAAUGAUCGGAACUUAUAUUCUUCAGAGGAGAUUUCAUAUUAAGGAUGCCGUACUUGCUCUGAUAGGUUUGGUUUCGAUGUUAAGUUGCGUCGUUUUGCAGUUUCUGGCAACAAACGACACAAUGAUUUAUAUUGCUGGCGUUUCAAAAUGUUUGGGAGGCCUGGUUGCUCCCAUGUUACGAGCCUAUAUAUCUCACUUAGUACCAUCCGAUGAAGUUGGUAAAAUCUUCGCAAUGGUUGUUGGAGGUGGAGCCUUAGUUUCUGCUGCUUUAACACCUGUAUAUACAUUAUUAUAUAACAGUACGAUCUACCUUAACUCUGCAUUAUAUAAUCUACUUUCCAUUUCUUUAUUGGUAUUAACCAUGGCUUUAGUAAUGGGAAAUUGAAGCUCCCGUCUAGAGAGAUCCAGAAAUUUCAUAUGGCAACCCUGCUGAUCGCCAAUGUUCUGGGAGUACAACGCACUUAAAGAAGAAGAAGUAUUGUAUCAUUAUAUUAUCAAAUCAGAUUGUGCAGUCAUGAUUAAAUUUCUAUUUUUUUAGCAGCAUAGUAUUUGCCUAUUUCUCCUCGUGCUUUCUCCCCAUAUUAUGGACCCUAGAUAAACAGUCAUCUCACUUUUUAAUACAGCCUUAUAAAAAAUAUCCAAUUUUUUUUCGUUUACGAUGCAAAUUCUAGUUAAUACUUUCUUAUUUCUGAUUCUGCACCUUUAUCAGAUUGUAAGCAUUCGGUACAGGCACCAUAUUCUAAAAGUUUCUUAACGGACUUGAUCUUUAUCACCACCAUAAUAAAUUCGACCAAAGAGUUUCAACGGAACAAACUUUCUUCGUUCUUUUCUCAUCUAACCAUGCGAAUUUUAUGUUGACACUAAAAGUUCUGUUACAAAAAAAUUGUUUUAUUGUUAUAAAUGAGUUACGUUCAAUUUCAAUUCUGGUUGUUAGAUCCUUAUCAUUAUGUAUUAUUAUUUAUUAAAGUUUCCUGGUAUUUAUAUUUAUAUAUAUGUCCGAUAUUUUAGCCGUCAAUGAAAAGUUGAUCAUUACUUGGUUUCUUGGUAAAGAUUAGAAACUUGGUUUUAUCGUUGAACGGUUUUAUUCAGAUUAAUAUUUAAGUCAUAAUGUAACUUAUUAGUAUAGCUAAAUGCUGAAUUUUAGUAUAGAGGGUUAGUUGUAACAAUCUUAAUUACGUAGGUAUUUUAAUAGCUCAGCCAUUAUUGGUAAUUUUAAUGAUCAGUCUGGAUUAGUAUGUAUUUAUUUCCGAAAAAUUAUUUGUGAUUGAAUAUUUUCACGGCCAACCUAAUUGAAUUUCACGUAUUUUUUUAUUGCAAUUAAUGUUUGGCUUAAAUCACCAAUAACUCACAAAUUAAAGCAGUUAGGUAUAGGGAAUGCUUAAGAAAUAAAAAAGUACCAUAAAAUAUCAUUGUAUUAUAAUAUUAAAAUAUAGAGUUCCAUUUAAGAAAACUCAGAAAAAACUUCCGAAUUUUGACCAACCCUGUAUACAACUAAAAUUAAAAUUUAGCUAUACUAACAAUUCUUAACAAUAGUAGUGUAGACUAUAUUAAAAAUCAUUUGAACAUAAAUAGAGUUUUUGAUGUCAAACUAUUACAAUUCUACAGGGUAAGAGUGUUGCUAUGAAAUUAAGAAAAAAACUGAAUUAUCUUUUAAACUACCCUGUGUAACAUUAAAAAUCCUUACAAAUUCGUUAAGAACGAAUACAUCAAGGAGAAUCCAAAAAUGUAAACAUAUCCCAUUUGAUAAAACGAAGUUAUAUGCAACUUCCGGUAUAACUGGAAGUAACAAAUAGAUGAAAAUAUUUUCAUUAAAUAGUCAUUCUUCAAAACACCUUCAUUGCUAUUUUUAUGAUUCUGUUGCCAUUAGUUCUCUAGAUAUUUCUAAUAGGCCGUUUAUCUGCCUCACCCUGUAUAUUUUUUCUCUUACAACAGACUUUUUAAGGAACUUCCAAUUUUUUGAU